AUGUCUCAGCAAGACGCGCCAGCAUGCGAAGCCUCCAGUAGCCAAGGAGCCGCUGACUCAUCUUCUUCUACUCCCGACGAGUCAACCGCCGCCCUGGGCGCGCGUCUACUACGGACAUGCGUCUUGCUCCAGCAAGAGGUCUGUCAUUUCACCGGCGACCUCACAAUACGCAACGCCCACUACACCCCCCUCGAAAAGUGGCUACGCCAUCUCCGCAAAGAGUACGAGUUUACCGAACGCCUGCGAGAUGAGGCCCGGCAGAUAGAGGCUAUUCUCAAAGAGCGCGAGGAUCUGGAAGCGGCGGACCGCGAGAAGAAGAUCCGCCUGCAGCUCUCGGCGUCCAACAUCCCCGGCUACGUGGCGAAGUGGGACCUGGUCAAGAAGUGCUCCGGCCUCGUGGGCUUCCACUCUACGAUGCAGAUGGUGCCACCGGGUUCCAACGGCAAGCGUUACCCGAAGCGCGACAAGUGUCACGCCAACGACGUCUUCAUCGACGCCAUCGUCGAUGACGGCGCCGAGUGGCUGCGCGUCCUGGGCGUGACCGAGACGCGCCUCGUGUACCAGAUGACGGAGUCGGGAUGGGACUUUGGCGAGGAAACUGUCCAUGAUGACGACAGCAGUGACGACGACGACGACGACGAGAUCAGUGGAGACGAAUGCAUGCCCAUUGUCCAGACGACCAUGAACCUCAUCCUCGCUGCGCGCGCUAACCGCUUCGAAUACGCCUACCCACGAGUCCACCUCGUCCUUCCGCGCAUCACCGAGGGCCGCAACGCCGACAUUGACGUCCUGCUCGCCCGCCUCCGGCGCAUGGGCCUUUGCUACGGCGUCGACCUCGUCCUCGACACCGCCUCGUCCCCCUUCGUCACGAGCACCCCUCCCUCGAUAACGACCAUCUGGGACGACUCCUACGCCCACAUGCUGCCGCAGAAGUACCGCGGCCUCAGCGCCACCGUCAACCUCGACAGCUCCAUCCUCAUCGGCCUGGCCUCCGACAUCUCGCACGGGCACGUCAGCACCGACCCGGCGCGCCACAGCACGCAGAACGCCGAGAUCGACAAGGAGAACGCCGACCCGGGCGGCUUCCUGCAUCUCCUGUACCCGGUGCUGGCCGGGAGGGAGCUCGUCUGCACGCGCGAGGCGGCGCAGACCUUCCGCAAGCUGACGCGCACCAUGGCGACGCCGACGGAGCUCGCGCGCGGCGGGCUGCUGCUCCCACCCGAGGAAUGCACGGUCCGGCCGGAGGAGUUUCUGCCGCACUUCCGGGUGACGUCUGAAUAUCCCGUGCCGGACGACCUCAAGCUCCCCGUGCGCAUAGCGGGGGCCAACUGGGGCACCGCUGAAGUCGAGCAGUGCGUCGCGGAAGGAGCCCUGCCGCGCGUGGCGGUUCCCGUGUUGCGGGAGCUCAGUGAGCCGUCGAGCUCGGUGUUUGCAUACGGCUGGGCGUCGGGCCUGACGACCAUCACGUCCAACCGGACGGCGAGCAACACGAUCAAGCGCCUCGUGGAGCGCAACCGCACAGAUGAAUACGAGAAGGGGCCCAAGGUCUGGGUUUGCAGCAUCGCUAGGAGCCUCAAGUGCACGCCGAAAGAUAAGGAUACGUCGGCAGGAGUAGCAUAG